UGGGCCGGAUGAGAGCGUCUCGUAUCCCUCUUUGUCCGACUUCCUCUCUUUCUUUGAAGAAGGAAAAAGGCACUCCUGAGGCAGCGUUGAAGCGAGGGAUCAAGAUCUGGUCAACUACAUCCACGGUGUGGGGAAAACGAAGUUAUGCAAAGUGCCUCAGGAGAGGGAGUCACGUUACCUAGCAUCUAGGGUGGACAACUAUCUAUACAGUGUGGCUCAGAGUGAAAAAUACCACAUCAUAAGGGAGUGAGUGGUCAGUUGAGAAAGGACCACAAGCCACUAUUCUACCAUAACAAGGUCGAAAGUGGAUAAUUGGGUUCUUCGUGAUCUUCAGAACUUCUUUCUUCUCCCUUAACUUUGUCAUUUUAGUAUUCCACCAUUCCGUGAGAGGAUUAUCAACUAAGCCCCACUAGUAAGCCUCCUAAGUGCAUUUCUUUCACAAGUUAUUGCAGUGCCCUCCUUGCCCAAUCCAGAGCUGUGGCAUGGCAGAGGCUGGGGAAGAGGAGAUAGUGUCAGCAGAAGUCUCAGGCUUCUCAGACAUGAGUGACUCAGAGUUACUAGAGUUUUUGGACCUGAAAGAUUCCAAAGAGUCAAGUGCUUCACUUAGCAAUCCUGACCCUUCUUCUGAAGUCUCUGAGAAGGAUGAUAAGCCUAUAAGCUUGCAAAACUGUAAAAGAGGAUUGGAUGCCUUGUCACCUAUGGAAAGACUUAACCUAAAAUAUUUAUAUGUCACUGACCUGUCUACUCAGAACUGGUGUGAAUUGCAAAUGGCAUAUGGGAAGGAACUUCCUGGGUUUUUGACCCCUGAGAAGGCAGAUAUUUUGGACACUGGUGCCAGCAUCCAUUUAGCCAAAGAACUAGAACUUCAUGAUCUUGUGACUAUCCCCAUCACCACGAAAGAAGAUGCUUGGGCAAUUAAAUUUCUGAAUAUACUGACAAUGAUUCCCACCUUGCAGUCAGAAGGGUGCAUCAGAGAAUUUCCAGUGUUUGGGGAAGUGGAAGGUAUGUUUCUUGUUGGCGUGAUUGAUGAGUUGCAUUAUACAGCCAAGGGAGAACUGGAACUGGCUGAACUCAAGACACGUAAGCGCCCUUUGCCCCCUCUGGAUGCUCAGAAGAAGAAAGACUGUUUUCAAGUAAGCCUGUACAAAUAUAUCUUUGAUGCCAUGGUGCAAGGGAAAGUGACCCCUGCUAUCCUAAUCCAUCACACAAAGUUGUGUCCAGACAAGCUACUGGGGCCUUCUGUGCUGAGGCAUGCCCAACUGGGAGGCUUCUCUGUGAAGUCCUUGGGUGACCUCAUGGAACUGGUCUUCUUGUCUUUCACACUGUCUGACCUCCCAGUUAUUGAUAUCUUAAAGAUUGAAUAUAUCCAUCAAGAGACUGCCACUUUGCUGAGUACGGAGAUUGUAGCCUUUGAAGAGAAGGAGAUGAAAGGCAAAGUACAGCAUUAUAUAGCCUAUUGGAUGGGCCACCGAGAGCCUCAAGGUGUGGAUGUGGAAGAGGCUUGGAAGUGUCAGACAUGCACCUAUACAGACAUCUGUGAAUGGAAGAAGGGUGGUGGAGUGCUCAGCUGUACACUGAAGCCUCAAGCCAAAAAAGCCAAAUGAAUAGAAGUUACGUUUUCAGGAAUUUAUCUUUCAUGCUCCUACUGUACCUGACUAAAAGAGGACCAGUCUCUGAGGUUUUCAUGGAUGUUGUUCUUGGUUUUUGUAUUCUACAUUGUCUAAUCCAUUCAAAUAUAGGAUUCAAAGUUCAGGAACAAAUGGGAAAGAUCUAGAGGUUGUAAUGUCCCUAGAGCUUUGACAUUGGUCGUCAGGAAGAUGAAUGCCCAUCAUGGCUGGAGCAGAGGUAUUCUAUAGCAAAUGUUUUCCUAAGAAAAUUCUUGUGAUUUUCACAAAUCUUAAUUUUUUUCAUAAUCAAGACUUUCUACAUUUUAUGUAAUAAAAUGAAAUGCUGUC